CCGCAGCCAGGUGGCGUAUAUGCUGUGACACCCUUCUUCCAUCAAAACGUACAGAGUUUUCGGCUGAAUAGAUUCCUCAAACGUAGUACCCUUUCCUGGGGCUACCGGACAAUGGUAUAGGACUUCUUGAAGAGCCAAGCAAAGUCGAUUGCACUUGGUUACUGUUGAUGCGCUCUGUCUGUAGGACGUGCGUGUUUCCCCAUUGAUGAGUAAGUGUGGAGGGCCUUGAGAACGUACUUUCGAAUGCAUCCAUCGAAGAAGUACUGAGAAGCAGCUCGCUGAUUUUCUGCCGCCCCGCUUCAGCGGCUCGACAAUGAUAGCGAGGAGAAUCACACUGGAAGUAUGCUUCACCUGACAAUCUUGCACAUAUAAUGAUAGAGCCGAACUGGUGAAGAGCACUUGUCUGUGGGUCUGUAAUCUACGUCUCAGACUUAAGGUAUUGGAGAGUAAGUGUCACCGAAUCUGAUCACAUGGGUAAGGGACUCAAAGUCUAUCUUUUCUAGACGUCUUCUGGUCUUGCACGCUGAAGAAUGAUCUCCUCCUCGUGGCCCAAAGAGGAAAAGUCUCUGCCCUAGCUAGGAAAACAGUUAAGCCAAAGCCAAAACCAUGUGCACGAGAGCUACUCGUGCGUAUGACUUUUGGUAGUAGCCAACAGCAUCGCAGUGAGUGGUGAAAUAGUGGGAGGGAUUUCCUGGUUGAGAAUGGACCGGAGCUCCUCGAGCGGGACAUGAUCAAGACAAGGACACACUUGUUUGGUGUAAAAUUGCAGAUGGGAAUCGAGUCCCAGAAGUUCCGACUCUUGAAGAAGCAAGCUCUGCCGAGGACGGAUCCAAUACUUGAAAAUGAAUUCGAACAAUUAGCUCGACAGACAGGACAGUCUACACGAAGGACUGCGGGCAACGAUUAGCACCGACAUUCCUGUAAAGGAUGAGCGAUGGUUGCUUGAGAUGUGUGAAAGUUUGGCUGCGAGAGGUCUACCUCCGCCUCCACCUGAUUACAAUAGGUCGUGUUCUGGACUCUUCGCUUGGUAAACUAUUUUGCAGCAUAUACUGUCGGAAAACUCGAAUAAUUUUGCUGUUCGAGAUUCUGCUUCAAGUAUGCUGACGGACGCGCACAAUCACUCUUUAAGAAGCACUGACACAGAAACUCCUUCAGAUUCCGCAAAUAAUUUUAAUGAAUACCAGAAAUGCUCAAAAACUGAUCACCUACGACCAGUACUACUCCUGGCUCUUUAUUACUCUGCGAUGGCCCACGUACAUACUGCAUUCUCGUUCAGCACAGCCAGCCAGGGUCGCUCCUUUCUGACUCACGAUGAUGAUGAAGUCCUUUCAGGCUUUUCUGCACAUGUGCAUGUUUUUGUUUCAGUGAGCCGAGUGGAAUGGAUGCGAUGCAUCCUUCGCAGCGUGGGCCCAUACAUUCCAUAAGCUUGUCGUGGAUCACUCGCGCUGACCUCAUCGAGCGCAAGAACUUUGACGGGUUUCAGCCUCUUUUCCACCACAGCCGCAGUGGCAUCAUCACAGGGCGAACGACGCACAAUUCCAAGGCGCAGGUGGAGCUGAGUCUUGGAACGGAGCUGGCGACGCUUCUUGUUUUCUCACAUGCGCACGUGGCUUCGACGAUAACAUCUCCC